AAAAAAAAGAAAGUGAAAAGAAACAACAGUGAGAUCUUCAAGAAAAAGAGAUUUUGUGUUCUUGUCUCGUAUAAGUAACAUUGAAAUCUCUGCAAUAAAAGAUGGAGGGCUUCCUUCUUGACCUUGCAAAGGAUCAAGUCCCAAAUUUGAUGAAUCUAGUGAAAAAUGAAGUUCAAUAUUUAUGUUGUUUCAACAGUUACGUUGAAAAUUUUGAUAAAGAAAGGGAAAGGUUGGUUGCAAAGUACAAGGAUAUCAACAUAGAUAUUGGAAAAGCCAAAGGUGCUUCAAGAGUCACGAAUGAAGUGCAGCAGUGGGCAAGUGAAGCAAAUAGUCUCAUUGACUAUAACAUUAAAGCAAAGAAGAAGUGUUUUUUUGGUUUAUGUCCUAAUUGUUGGUGGCAAUAUCGGAGUGGCAAGGAAUUGGCACAAAAGACUCUACAAAUUGAAGACCUCCUCGGAAGAUGUAAUAACUUAAGCAUAGUGGCAGGUCAAGUGGAUGUUUCAAGUAUAAAAUACUAUUCACCAAAAAUCUUCCUUGAUUUUGAGAGUAGAAAGUAAAAGUUCCAAGAGCUAAUGAAGGCAUUAAAAGAUGAAAAUUGUAACAUGGUUGGAUUACAAGGCUUAGGGGGAACAGGAAAAACCUCAAUGGCAUUAAAAAUUAGUUAAAAUCUUGAAGGAUCUCAAUUUGACAAAGUUAUCUUUCUUGUUGUGUCUAAACUCCUGAUUUCAAAAACAUUCGAAAUGUAAGACGUUUAGAUUUGAAAUCAAAUGAUGACAAGGAGGAAGAACUCUUGAAGAGAAUAUGGUCCAAAAUCACUAGUAUGGAAGAAAAGCUACUUAUAAUACUAGAUGAUAUGUGGGAAGAGUUUGAUCUCAAGAAAGAGUUAGGGAUUCCAUCUGUUCUCCAGCGUAAGGGUUGUAGUGUACUAAUAACUACACGCAACUUAAACAUUUGUCAAAAUAUGGGAUGCCAAAAGACAAUUCAACUAGAGAAGCUACAUGAGGAGGAUGCAUUGAAGCUUUUCCAUACAAAUGCUAGUAUUAAUAAUUCCACCAUUUCUAAGAGUCUAGUUCGAGAUAUUGUGAAGCAAUGUAGAGGAGUACCAAUUGCAAUUGUAGCAAUUGCAAGAGUGUUAAAAAAUUGGCCUCUUAAUGAUUGGAAGGUUGCUUUGAAAACCUUGAAGACUUUUAAGUCAAUUCUUGACGUCGAUGAUGAAAAUUUAAAAGAUGUUGGUAAAUGCUUGAAGUUAAGCUAUGACCACUUGAAAGAAGAAAAGGCCAAAGAUCUCUUUUUGAUAUCUUCCAUGUUCCCAGAAGAUGAAGAAAUUCCUAUUCAAGUUUUAAGCAAGAUUGGUAUAGGGUUAAGCUCUUUUGGAGAAAAUGACAGGCAUUAUUCAAAAAGAAUCUUGGAAGUGCAUGCUGUUAUAAGGGAACUCAUAGGUUCUUCUUUGCCAUUGAGAGGUGAAGGAGAUCUUGUGAAGAUGCAUGAUUUGGUUCGUGAGGUGGCCUUAUGGAUAGGAGACAAAGAUAUUCAAUCAACCACGGAUUUGAAAAAUCCUAUAAAAGAGAAUUUGAGAUAUUUGCUUUGGAAGAAUGAUGAUUUCCCUGAUGAAUUUGAUGGAAAGAAAUUGGAGUUCCUAUUAAUCAUUCUAAGGGGUUCAAAAGAUUUAGAUGUCUCAGAAACAUUCUUUAAUGAGAUGAGAAGGCUCAAAGUUUUUAUUUUGGAAGGUUAUAAAUAUUACAAAAGAACCCAAGCUUUGUCAUUGGUAAAUUCACUUCAACCAUUAAAGGAUAUUCGAACACUCAUCUUAAAGAAUUUGGAGUUAGGAGACAUCUCUAUCUUAGGAAACUUGUUGAAUCUUGAGACUCUUGAGUUUUUUUAUUGUUCUCUUAUUGAAUUACCAAUAGAAUUUUUGAAUUUAAAGAAGUUGAGAUCAUUGGAGGUAAAUGGAUGUGAAAUUGAAAACAAUAAUCCUUUUAAAGUGCUUGAAAGAUGCUCACAAUUAGAAGAGUUAACUUUUAUUGGCAAUGGGUGUGAUGAAGAAGAAAACAAUGCAAUUUCUCAAAAUAGAUCUCCUCUUGCAUUACAUAAAUAUUGUAUAUCUUCUUAUGAUCUUUCAUAUUAUUUUAAAAUUCAUGGUUCCAUGUCAAGAUGCUUUCAAAUAGACAAACUAAGUCAUUUACUCUCAGCUACAACAUUUAAGAAACUUGUGGAAAGAGCCGAACUUCUUAUCUUGGAAGGAGUGGGUGAACAAAGAAUAUGGAGAAAUCUUGUCCCUGAUCUUGUUGCAAUAGAUGAGGGGGGAACAUUGAAUGAUUUGAUUGUUCUUCAUUUGAGUUCAUAUCCUCACAUGGAGUGUCUUGUAGAUACAAAUGGUCAUAAUUCAGGUGUGACUGCUUUCUAUACUUUGGUUGAACUAUAUCUCUUUAGAAUAGACAUUGAAGAUUUAUGUUGGGGUCCUUUACCGUCUAGCUUUUUGGAGCAAUUAGAGAUCAUGAAGUUGAAGAAGUGCCAAAAAUUGAGGAGCAUAUUUUCUAAAGGCAACUUCAACUUAUGUCAUCUCAAGUCUAUAGAAUUGGAAGAUUGUCCAAUGUUGACAACAAUUUUCCAACCAUGCACAGCUUAAA